AUGUGGGAAUGGAUCACAGAGUGUUAUAAAGCUUUUGAGAAUAUGAAAGAAGCCAUGGUGAGUGCGUUAGACUUGGUGUUGCCAGAUUACACCAAGUUUUUCGAAGUUUACACCGAUGCAUCUGGUGUUUCCAUUGGUGGGGUCCUUAUACAAGAGGGACAUCUGAUUGCAUAUGAAAGUCAAAAGUUUAAUGAGACUGAGAGAAAGUACUCAGUUCAUGAUAAUGAGAUGAUCGUGGUGGUGUAUUGUUUAUGGACUUGGCAAAACUUUUUCUUGGUUCCAGUUGGUUUGCCCCACACUGAUGGACUUUCAAAUAUCAUGGUUGUGGUUGACAUGUUUUCAAAGUAUUCAAAGUUCAUUCUGACGUCCAAGGGACUUCCAGAGAGUGAAGGGAGUUGGGAGCAUGCCAAGGGACUUUGGCAAUUCAAGCCAGAGAUAGACCAAUACCAUACAAAACGAGUGAUGAGGGCGUCACUAGAUCCGGUGGGGAAGAAUGUCACAGAAUGCGAGCCCAUGACUGAGGUCACCAUGAAAGAAGAUGCCUAA